AGUAGAAAUGAAUGUAAGUGAUUCAGUUUUACACAAAUACAAAACUCAAAUAGAAAAAGGUCAAUUUAGGUUAUGUGAAAGCAAAGUUAGUGUUCUCAAAUUAUUUUAAAGUUGGUUCCGUUCAUUCUUCACCUUACUUCAAAGUUAGUGUUCUAUGAUGGGAACACUAUCUUGCUUCUGCAUGUUUUUGCCACACGACAAAUCUAGGAACACUCCAAUGUUGAAAAUCAAAACCCUAAAUCCAAUCCCAAAUUUCAAUUCUUCUCUCUCUUUGAAAUGCUACUCUUCAACAACUUCCCAACAAAACCAAUUCACUAUUUCAUAUCUCGUUGCCAAUUUCGGCUUCUCAUUAGAAACCGCUACAGAGGUUUCCAAACGCGUUCAUUUCAAGACUUCCGAAAAGCCUGAUUCAGUAAUCCUCAUCUUCAGAAACUUCGGUUUCUCCGAUUCUCAGAUUAACCACAUCGUUAGUAAAGCGCCCAACAUUCUUACAUGUAACCCCCACAAAAGGAUUUUGCCAAAGUUUGAAUUUUUACUCUCAAAAGGUGCUUCAAUUUCUGAUGUAGUGGAGAUUGUGGGAAGAAGCCCUAGAAUUCUAUAUUCAAGUCUUGACAAUUGCACAAUCCCUACUUUUCAAUUGGUAAGAAAGUUCUUUGCAUCUAAUGAGGAAGUUAUUCAACUCAUACUUAAAUGUAGAUGUUUCUUUGGUCAUUAUAAUGUUAUGAAUAAUGUCAAGUUGUUGCUUGAUGAUGGAGUCACUGACUCAAAUAUGAGAUAUUUGUUACUUAACAGAACCGUUAUAUUUUCUUCUUAUGACAUGAGGAGUGCUUUGGAUAUGGUUAAGAAAAUGGGAUUUAAUGAUCCUUCCAAAGUUAAUUUUAGUUUAGCAUUGUAUGCCAUAACGGCCACGACGAAAUCCCUCUGGAAUGCCAAAGUUAUUGUCUUUAAGAGAUGGGGUUGGUCUGAUGAAAUGGUUCUUGAAGCAUUUAGGAAGCGACCCUUGUUUAUGCUAUCAUCCACAGAGAAAAUUGAUAAGGUCAUGAGAUUUUGGGUGAAUGAGUUGGGUUGGAACUCCUUGACUCUUGUCAAAAGGCCGUAUAUUGUAACAUUUAGUUUGGAGAAAAGGAUCAUUCCGAGGGCCAGUGUUGUUUUAUAUCUGAUCUCCAAAGGUUUGAUAGAAAAGAAUGUUGAACUCUGUACCCCUUUCGUUGUUAAUGAAAAGGCGUUUCUUCAAAAGUAUGUGCAAAGUUUUAAAGGGGAAAGACAUAAUUUGUUAAAGCUAUACCAGGAGAAAAUGGAUGGUAAGACAAUCAAGGAAAAUGGUGAAGCGUCUGGAAGCUAUUGAGUGGUUAACUUGUUUCAUUAUUAAUGUUUCAUUAUGGCGGGGUUGGAAAUUGGAGCUGUUGUUCAUGAAUGUAGUCUUCAAUUCCUGUUGUGUUACAGUUGUAAUUUUGUGACGUAUAUCAACUAUUUGAUGCUUUAUAAAUGAUUGAAGUACAGGUACAGAUUCUUGUCCA